AUGUCUGAGACGCAAGAGAGACCGGCCUUCACGUCCCCAACGACCUUGACGUCCAGCUUCAUCGACGAUAAGCGUAGUGCUCGCGUCGGGAAAAUUCCCAUCGACACCACGUCGCCGGGUGUCGCCAGAAUCGAGAUCAUUGCUGAGCACAUCACUCUCGGAAAUCGAAUCUGCAUCUUCAUCGGAGUGUUUUUGAUCGCAUUCGCCUAUGGACUGGACGGAAGCGUGCGAGGCUCAUACCAACCUGUUGCUACUUCGAAACUAGGUAAUCACCAGUUCAUAGCGACUCUAGGGGUUUUGCGCUCAAUUGUAGGCGCGGUUUGUCAGCCCACCGCAGCCAAGGUUGCCGACGUGUUUGGCCGUGCCGAGUUGAUCCUUGUUUCUAUCUUCUUUUACAUCAUUGGUUCGGUCAUGGAAGCAACGAGCACGAACAUUGUCAUGUUUGCUGCAGGUGCUACUGGUUACACAGCCAUUAUUCUGCUCGUCGAAGUUGUCAUCGCUGACACCACCUCACUCCGGUCGCGAGUGUUUUUCUCUUACGUCCCGGCACUACCCUUCCUCAUCAACACUUGGAUCUCCGGUGAUGUCGUUGCCGUUGUCCUUCGUAACCUCAGCUGGCGCUGGGGCAUUGGUAUGUUCUGCAUUUUGUAUCCGGUCUGCGCCCUUCCACUCAUAGUGUCCCUUUGGUGGGUUACCCGCAAGGCGAAGAAAUCAGGCGACUUGGACGCCAUCAAAACUCCGCACCAAUUACACGGCGGCUGGAAACUGGUAAAGGCGCUAUUCUGGCAGUUGGAUGUCAUCGGCAUUGCCUUGACCAGCAUUAUGCUUGGGUUCAUCCUAACACCCCUCACCAUUGCUGGCGGCAUUUCUGCUCAAUGGAGUAAAACCGAGAUCAUUCUUCCACUCGCCAUCGGUCUCACUGCCAUCCCGGUAUGGGUUUGGUGGGAAACCAAGGCUCCCUAUCCCAUGAUUCCCUUCAAACUUCUCAAAGACCGCGCCGUGUGGGGUGCCCUCGGUAUUGCAAUCACAUUCAAUUUUGCUUUCACUUGUCAAUCGGACUUCCUUUACUCGGUCCUCGCUGUUGCCUUCUAUGAGACACCGAAGUCUGCAACCCGCAUUCAGAUGUUGUAUAGCUUCGUCUCCGUCGUCUUGGGCGUCCUUCUCGGUCUAGUUGUCUACCGAGUUCGGCGCCUCAAACCCUUUAUCCUGUUCGGAACCUUCCUCUGGAUGGUCGCCUUUGGACUACUGAUCCACUACCGUGGGGGGUUUGGCAACUCAGCCCACGCUGGUAUCAUCGGUGCCCAAUUGCUCCUCGGUAUCGGCGGUGGAUUUUUCCCCUACCCGGCCCAGGCCAGCAUUCAGGCGGCCACCAAACACGAACACGUCGCUGCAGUCACGGGUUUAUAUCUCGCAUCUUACAGUAUCGGCGCCGCGCUCGGGAACACUGUGUCUGGUGUAGUCUGGUCCCACAUCAUGCCCUUGCAACUCGAGAUGCGGCUCGCCGACACGACCAGAGCAGCACAGUGGUUCGACAGUCCUCUUGAGCUACUGGAAGCUUUCCCACGUGGCAAUGUGGAGCGCGAAGCAGUAGUCCAGGCAUACAUGCAUGUUCAACGUUUGGUCUGCAUCGUGGGUAUCAGCGCCGUGAUGAUCAUUGUCUUCUUCGCUUGUGUCAUCCGGAACCCUAAGCUUCCAGAUACGCAGUCCAUGCCCGAUGCAGAGGAGUUUGAAACGGAGAGUUUCAUUCCUCUCGAGGAUAUGAACAGGCCUCGAUCGCACGUUGGGCCGCCAGAGGCUGUAAUGGAUAAAGGCUGGGCUUGGCUAAAGAGCUAG